AUGAUCAAGGUCAAUUCAUCUAUUAACUAUGAGUGUUAUCUAAGCAUCUAUAUACAAGGAAAGGUCAACGCGGGAUUUGCAGAAAAAUGUCUGGUAGCAUCCCUGCAUGCAACAGGAGAUAAUGGUGGCAUCGGGAAUAUCAUGUUCGAAAUGUUAGGAUUAUUGGGUAUCGCUCAACAGGUCAAUAGGAUCCCAGUCAUUAUGGAACCAGUAUUACUCGAACGGCUUGACAAAAUCUCCGAACAUUUCCCCUAUCUCAGACGUCGUUUUCAGAGGAAGGAGUUCUGCCGACAUCACGUCUACGUCUCGACCCCGUUUGAUUUUUGCUGCAAAUAUGACGAAAGAAUCUUGGAAAGACUGGGAGCGAAAACCUCUGUCAAGUCGGUAGCAGUCCAUUUGCGGUACUUACAGUCGUUCAAAUAUUUCUGGGAUCUUCGUCGAGCUGAAGUACUUCAUACCGUAUCUGCAAGCGAUCACACUAUAUUCGCUGCCAAAAACCUCCUUUUUGCAGAGAAUCCCUUGCGUCAUCGUCAAUUAAAUAUAUGUGUCCACGUACGAAGGGGUGAUUUCGCUGACUCGAAAAUGCACCUACCAAGUGACGCAAAUUUUACCACUGCUGGAAUUCGUUUUCUCGUUGAGAAAGCCGAAACGGAGGACUACCGCACACCUCACAUCUACAUGUUCACUGAUGACGUGGAUUGGGUACACGAAAACAUCAUUGAGCCCUCCUUCCACUCCAACAUCACUCAUUCUGCUCCACUAGUGGCGGCGAAUUUUAUCGAAAAACCACCGAAUGCGGAGUGGGAAUUCAGCAGACUGUAUUGUGACCGGCUGCUACUUACAGCAUCUACAUCCACUUACGGUUGGUGGUUAGCGUUUCUAAGCCGUGGACAAAGAGUCUAUUACGACCGGAACUAUGCUUUACCUGGUGCUCGUUCGGACGAACUGUCCUCUGCGGACUUCUGGCCGCAGCACUGGACUCCACUGCAGAUUUAUCCUAGCAACCACGUUGUGGAGAUUUGA